GACUUCUCCAUUGUGAUCGCUGGCUUCCUCGUCGCUCCGCUCUAUACUAGACUCGCAUCUAUCAUCGGUAAAAGAAGCGUGUUGCUCCUGAAUAUGAAGAGCUAUGCGUUGCGUAUAACCUGGUUCGUCUCUGUGUUCUACUUCCACAAGUUCUUCGACGAUAUUCGGACGAACACAUUCAACCUCUUGAGCGCUAGUCUGAUUGGAAUGAUGUCGAUUGGUACAUUUGUUGGCGCCCAACUUCUCAAGUUCAAUGUGUGGUUGCUGUGCCUGUUGAUUGUCUGCACCUACGUAUUGCUCAUUGUUUUGGCUUAUCUACUUCUUCAUGAACGACACGACGACUUGUCUGAUCGGAGCUACAUCGACCGCGAGGCCGCCUCGGUGGAAGAGCGCCGCUCUCUUGUGAGCACCGAUUCCAUAUCUCCUUCUCCAACCCGCCCUCUUCAGAUAGAGAGCCCAGCCGCUGAUGUCGUUACCAAACCUGACUCCACCAUCUUUCGGACACUUCUUCGCGCCGCCACAGUAGAUAUCUAUCUCUCUGUAGAGCUCGUAAUUCAAACAGUAUUGCACCCCUUUACUCGACACAUCAUGAUCCUAUUCUUCGCCUACACUUUGGGUGGUACAAUAUCGGGUACAUCGCCGCAAUGGGCAUCGAGCACAUUCAAUGCAAGGCUAGCCAACAUCGACCAGAUCAGAGCGAUGGAAAUGAUCAUCUCGGCCUUCGUUCUCCUAUCAUUGCCUGUAUUAUCGAACUAUGUUCUCCGUCCACGAUUGCGUACCAAGCAGGCAGUGGACAUCUGGGUCAUCACAGCCAGCAUGAUUGCUUUGCUGACCGGCACACUCACCAUGGCGAUGGCGCCAUCUCUGGUUGUUUAUACGAUUGGAGUUGCCAUCUCAGCCAUGGGUGUCGGCGUGGCGGACGCGCUACGCUCCUUUGCCACCAGCGCAUUGUCAGAUGGCGACGCGCUCGAGAGGCUUUAUGUGUGCAUUCGGACUAUGCAAUCACUGGCCAGUAUGGCAGGGACUCCGCUAUGGUCGGGUUUAUUCCUGUUGAUUCUCAGCAAUCCUUUGCUCCCGCACGGCCUUCUCUUCGUGGGGAAUGCCUUCGUUUAUCUUGUUUGUCUUAUUCUGGCGCGGUUUCUCCACAGGUAGAAUAUAGUGCUUGCAUCGUGGAUGAGGGUAGAUGCAAGCAUGCCAGUCAGUUGGAACACACAUGGCACUCAGGAUGCCCACGUACAAGUACAUAUAUUGCAUGGAUUAUGCCGAUAGUGCUGAUAGAAUUCCUUGGGGGAUGUCUGCGUCGGGCGAGUGUGUAAUUACACGAAUAGACCCAGAUCCUUCCUCAUUCAUUGCUAAUUCUUGCUGUUGGCGUACUUGUCGUGCAGAGAUACUCAUGAUAGCAGUGGCAUGAUAUUCCCCUCUCUAUCUUGUUAAUGUAGUACCUCUCGUCUUCUAUACUUGCGAUUGUCCAUUCGCCAUCACUUGAUAUUGCCCCUAUUCUCGCUUCGUAAUGCAAAAGUUAUUCAACAGCUACGCAACAGCUAUUAAAUGGUUAUUCAGUGGUUAGAUGGUGAUUAGGUAGCCCUCACUU